GUCGGGAUAAACACUCGGCGGCCGCGGCUGGGAUCCGGGCUCCGUGCCGUCCCAGCGCUGUCCCUCCUGGCUGGCCAGCGCGGCGGCUCUUCGGCGUUCCCGGCCGGCGGCCCGCGGGCACCGAGAGGCGGCCCGCCGGGUGCAGGAUGGCGACAGCCGUCGGGAUGAACAUCCAGCUGCUGCUGGAGGCGGCCGACUACCUGGAGCGGCGGGAGAGAGAAGCUGAACAUGGGUAUGCCUCCAUGUUGCCGUACAGUAGCAAGGACAGAGAUGCCUUCAAACGGAGGAACAAGCCCAAGAAGAACAGCACCAGUAGCAGAUCAACUCACAAUGAGAUGGAGAAGAACAGGCGCGCUCAUCUCCGCCUGUGCCUCGAGAAGUUGAAGGGGCUGGUGCCGCUGGGCCCCGAGUCAAGCCGGCACACCACACUGAGUUUGCUGACAAAAGCCAAAUUGCACAUAAAGAAACUUGAAGAUUGUGACAGAAAAGCUGUCCACCAAAUAGACCAGCUUCAGCGGGAGCAGCGGCACCUGAAGCGGCGGCUGGAGAAACUGGGUGCUGAGAGGACCCGGAUGGACAGCGUGGGCUCUGUGGUGUCCUCAGAACGCUCUGACUCAGACAGGGAAGAGCUGGAUGUGGACGUGGAUGUGGACGUGGAUGUGGACGUGGAGAGCACAGACUACCUCACUGGGGACCUGGGCUGGAGCAGCAGCGUGAGUGACUCGGACGAGCGAAGCAGCAUGCAGAGCCUGGGCAGUGACGAGGGCUACUCCAGUGCCAGCGUCAAGAGAGCCAAGCUCCAGGCUGGGCACAAGGCAGCUCUCGGGCUCUAGGGGAGGGCCCGAGGAUCCUCUCAUCUGAUCACGUAGUGUACCAGACCUGCCCAGAUGCCCUUGCACGCCAACCUCACGUACCACCUUGACCAAAAUCAGCUCUGUCCAUUUUGCAGAAAGCUCGUAGGGUUGUGGUUCUGAGUGCGGUCAGUAGCUUCUCUGUCCAUCCACGUCAACGCUGAGAGACCGUACAUUCCAGUCAAUUUGAAGCACCCAAGAAUCCUUAGCCCUAAGCAAGUUUCACCUCUCAGCAGCCCCCUGUGCACUGUCCUCCUGCAGCUGGCCAGGCCUGUCUUAGUUUUCUGGCUUAUGAUGGUACUCGCCCAGGAGAGAAGUUCACGCUUUGUCUGGCACAUAGGAAACCGAAGCAAACUUCUCAAAGGGAACUCAAUCUCAGAAACCCCAAAGGAAGCUUUGAAAGCAAAACUGCAGAGCACUGAGAAGCCAGGAAUACCUCCAGCAAGCCCUGUUGCGGCCCCUCCGCAGUGCCACCGUGUCCCCACUGAAGAGCGGGCCACUCGGCAGCUCAGGAGAACAGUGUGCCCCCUGAGUGUUGUUCUGGGGACCUGGCUGUGUGCCGUGUCUCAAGGCACCCCCACGCCCCGAGUUUGUUGAUGCUACUUGUCUCUGGAACAUUGUCCUACCUCAGAGAUAGAUGAGAUCUCCAUUGCCCACGUAACGAAAGUGAUUAUGCUUCUUUGCCCACGGCCCCACUCCCACCUGUUUUCCUGUCGGACUCCCAGCAAUAACUGAGUUUUGGCGCUGGCUGAGCUAGUAGCCACCGUCUCUGAGAGAGAGAGGCCACAUUUCUUCUGUGUGGCAAGUAAACAGGAGGGUCCCCAUGCCACCAAAACCUCCUGCUGGAAGCUUCCUUCUGGAGACUUCUGGGUCGAUGGCUGGAAAGGAUGAUGUUUUCUUCCCUUGUGGCAUUUUUAUUUAAGCUAAACCAGAGCACACGUGUAUUGUACAUAAGACACACAAACCUAUAAAUACUAUUUAUUCAUUUUAUAGAGACUAAUGGAAUGGAAUGGAAUAUAAAUUCUUAUGACUGCUUUUAUAGAUGUUCUAGAAACUUUGUAUGUAGCUGUCUAUAAAAUUAGUUCAUUCCCCUGACUAUUUUUGCAUUUGUAUUUUGAGGUCUGGGUGUUUUCAGCCUCUGGUGAAUCUUUUUUUCAUUGAGUCUGAACCAUUUGUAAAAUCUGUGGCCUGCUCAGAGCCGAGCCCAUGUCAUGGAGUGAUGGAACAUUCCUGAGAUCCACGGGUGCCACCUAAAAACUCCAUGGCUGACUCCGCAGCAGGCAGCUACCCAGUCCCACCCCUGUCCUCAGAUCCAAACAGACCCUGACCACACAAGGUCACUCUGCGGUCCUUGGAAGUCAUGACUUUCUUAAUGAUCCCCAAGUCCUGUUUUUGCUCUCCCCGACUCCCUCCCCUUGCUGAAGUGUUUCCCAAAUACCAGCUGAAAAUUAGCCCAGAAAACACAGCCUGGAUCCAUUGGCAUUUGUGCUCCUUCCAGAGUCUGAGUAGGUGGAGGUGUUUGGCUGGCCAGGUCUGUCCUUUGUCUAGAAGAUACAGCUGUGCCUUGAGGUGCCCCCCUCAAUCCCCACCCACUAGACCCUGAGGGCCUCGCGUCCACUCACUGCAUCCAAGCUGGCAGAAAGCCAAGACCGUGGGAGAAGUUUGCAGGGUGCCCAGGGGACAAAACUUGUGCACGUUUAUUUCACUUAGGCGUCUGAGAGAUGCCGUUAGUUUCUGUGUUUUAAUUGUUUCACCUUUGAGUUAAACUGCUUUUUUCUUUCUUUCUUUCUUUCUUUCUUUUUUUUUUUUUUUUGGUCUUUGGUUGAAACAUGACGUGUACUGUCCUAACAUAAAGCAGUAACUAUUUGACCUCCGCCCUGUUUUUCUGGUCCUUGCACAUACGUGUGGUAGAUCUCUGUAUUUUAAAGUACUUGUGACAGACUAACUGCCAAGGUCAGGCUUGGCUUUGGAGCUUUGAGGUGGACUGAGGCAGGGUGGCAGGCAGGUUUUUCUCUGACCAAAACUGAAGUUUGGGGGCCAGCAGGCUUAGCCCGGGGCAGCUAAUUCCCACCCCAGUCUCUCCUUCACUAUCACCAGCACGACUGCCGAGAGCUAGUCUGGAGAACGGCUUUUUCCGUAAGCAAAAGAAAAACCUUUCUGUUAAGGUUGGUGGUGCCGGGGGCAAAGGUGUGAGCCCCAGCUGUUAUGACUCUGACAUCAUACAUGAACAGAAAUGUGUCAUGAAGGCGCGUGCUUAUUUUUAUGUGAAAGUUCCUUUUGAAACUAAAAUUUAAGCUGCACUCACCGACACGGUCACAAUGCAAGUGGGAAAACUUUGGACUCACCGUCGACUUUACUUCCAUGACACAAGGAAACAUUUGCAUCGUCCUGGAAAGCACCAGACUGGCUCUGGGUGCAUGCCGAGCACCAGCACGUUUUGAUUUGGGUUUUCUUUCGCUGACCAGGUAUCUUGAAUUCGGUAGCAGUUGGCAGCUGCCUCUAUCCUUGGAGACCUGCCGCUGCCUUAGCAAGGCUAUGGGGUCUCAGCAGGACCUGGUUGCUCCCCCUUGAUCCAAGGCUGGAAUAACUCCAGCAGCUACGGGUGAGUUGGGCAGGCCCAACCCUGCAGUGGCUGCGGCAGUAGUUUUAUUAUUUGGUUUUAAAGUAGUGGUUUUUCAUCUCCCUACUGCUGUGUUCAGCAGAAGCCAAGGUUCCCCUGGGUUUCCUGUGGCCUUUCUCCCCAUCUUUGAUGUGGCCAAGGGCAUUUGGGGUCUGAGAACACAGAAGAUGGCAUAUGAUACUCAAAACCUUCUAGCAAUAUCUUGGGGACUUGACGAUGAGUUUUGUGGACUUUCCCCCUCUUGCCUUCUUCCCUGUCCCUUCAAGAGAGAACUUAUUUUUUGAAGAGCGUAUAUAGACACAUUAAGGUUUUAUACCAUGCUGUAUUGGCAGGAAUACCACUUUUAUUGUGCUUUGUAACCUAUCACCGAAAUCAUGUUUUCUGUUUCUUUACUGAGGUAGCUACAUCAUUUUGUCUUCCUUCUUUACCCUCCCUGUGUGUUUUCUAUUAUUUCCGUGUCUCUUUGGUAUUUCAGUAGCUGCCACUCCUGGCUUAGUGUUUUCUGGGAGAAGACCAUCCUGCACCUUUGACUGUGUGCUGGCUUCUCUCGUUUGGUGUGCCCAGAGCGGUCUACAGCAUGUUUUGUUUUCAGAGAUCCUGGAUUGAGGUGGUGUGAAAUGUGAUCCAUCAAUACUUAUAAUAAUUUUCUUUUACUGUGGUCUUCUGAAAGAAGAACCGAUCGAUGGGCACCAUUACAUUUGGAUCAUGGAGGGCCAAGGAAACUGAGUGUGUAUGCCAUCUCCAAAUCACACAGUGAGAAUUAGGAAGGCGCUCUGUCCUAUGCUGUGUCUGGAUUCUUACUUUGAGUUCUUACUCUGUCUGGGAGGGGCAGUGGGUCAAGUGGGCAUCCUUCAUUCAGCUUUGAUCUAAGAAGCAAGCUUGCCUCUACCGCUGUCCCUCGACUCGGUGCUCCUGGUGUGUAGCGCUGCAUGGCUAGUCUGGGGGACCAUCUUUCUGAAGGUGAACAGCCUCCAUGGGAGAGUGCAGGUGAAGAGUGGGAAAUGUGCUUCCAGAUGUUUCCUUCUGUAAAUAUGGUGCCAGUGUAAGCCUGUGUUGAGGCUGUGGAGAACGGUGCUCUUGGGGGUGGGGGGCUGCAGUUAGCACUUGUGUCUUUAGAACCCAUCAUGAUUUAGAGACUCCUUGCUGUGUGUAAACUUAAUGUGUCCGUCCAUUAACAAAUAAAUUAUUUCAUUAUUAAAGAAA